UAGUUUGGGAAGUAGCGCCCCGCGCUCAUCCGAUCCGCGCGGCCGCGCCGGCUGUGUCAAGUUACAGAGGCGCCGGAAUCGGCCCUAGCACGGCUCACUGCGGCCACGACCCACCACUGCCCAUGGGGCCCUGCAUGCGCGCCCCUUCGCCUGGGGACUGACACCCUUUCGCCCCGGAGACGCAAGACACCUCGUAGGACCCCGAGCGUCGCACCAGCCCGAGGACUCUGCAGAGGCGAGAAGGGAAAGAGCGGGGGGAGUGGGGCCAGAGCCCCCCAACUUGGAGCAUUCUUCGAAAUAACUUUUUUCCUACUUCAGCGUACCCUGAUUGCGCCUGCUGGUGCUCUCGCCUGUCCCCCCACUCCGACGGCUCAUUUUCUGUCCUCUUUGAAGAGUAAAGGAAAGGACGUCCUCCAGCCACGCUAACCCUCUUUCCCCCUGCUUUGCAGUUUGGAUUGCGCUUCUUGGAUCUCACUUUUAUUUAUUCUAUUUAUUUAUUUAUUGGUUCUUAAGACGCGAGGGGAUGGUGGCGGAGCGCGCCCGUAAAGCGGCAGCCACAGGCACUCGCGGCCCUGGGGAACUGGGCACGUCUGGGCCCGGGACGGUGGCGCUGGCGGAGCUGUGCGCGAGGCUGCCGAGCCCCGGGUGCUGCGGACUGCUGGCGCUGGCGCUGUGCUCGCUGGCGCUCAGCCUGCUCGCCCACUUUCGGACCGCCGAGCUGCAGGCCCGGGUGCUGCGCCUGGAAGCGGAGCGCGGGGAGCAGCAAAUGGAGAAAGCUAUUUUGGGACGAGUCAACCAACUGCUGGACGAGAAAUGGAAGUUCUACUCGCGCAGGCGUCGGGAGGCUCCGAAGAUGUCUCCAGGGUGCAACUGCCCACCAGGACCUCCUGGCCCCACGGGAAGACCUGGACUCCCUGGGGACAAGGGUGCCAUCGGGAUGCCUGGACGUGUGGGCGUCAAAGGUCAACCAGGCGAGAAGGGUGCCCCUGGAGAUGCGGGGAUGUCCAUCAUCGGGCCUCGAGGCCCCCCUGGUCAGCCGGGCACUCGCGGCUUCCCUGGAUUUCCGGGUCCCAUUGGUCUUGACGGCAAGCCGGGCCACCCCGGACCUAAAGGGGAGACGGGCCUGGUGGGUCCCCGAGGACAACCGGGCCCUCAGGGACAAAAGGGAGAAAAGGGUCAGUGUGACGAGUACCCACACCGGCUGUUGCCUCUCCUCAAUUCCGUGCGGCUGGCUCCACCCCCUGUCAUUAAAAGGCGGACCUUUCAGGGGGAACAAGGCCAGGCUGGCCUCCAAGGCCCUCCAGGGCCACCAGGCCCCCCAGGACCAAGUGGCCCUCUGGGACACCCAGGAUUGCCGGGGCCUAUAGGGCCACCUGGUUUACCUGGGCCUCCUGGAGCAAAGGGAGACCCAGGGAUCCAGGGCUACCAUGGCCGCAAGGGAGAACGGGGCAUGCCAGGAAUGCCCGGCAAGCAUGGAGCCAAGGGGGCUCCUGGGAUCGCCGUGGCUGGGAUGAAGGGCGAGCCUGGGACUCCAGGAGCCAAGGGAGAAAAAGGUGAUGCAGGCAAUGCCAUUGGAGGAGGCAGGGGGGAGCCUGGCCCCCCAGGGCUCCCUGGGCCCCCUGGGCCAAAGGGAGAAGCUGGUGCUGAUGGCCAGGCUGGACCCCCAGGGCAGCAAGGAGACAAGGGGCAACCAGGAGCAGCUGGGGUGCAGGGACCAGCUGGCCCCAAGGGCUCCAAGGGUGAACCCGGGAAGGGAGAGAUGGUGGAUUACAAUGGAAACAUCAACGAGGCGCUUCAGGAGAUCAGGACUCUGGCCUUGAUGGGUCCUCCUGGUCUUCCUGGACAAACAGGCCCACCUGGACCUCCGGGGAGUCCAGGUCAAAGGGGGGAGAUUGGUCUGCCAGGCCCUCCAGGACAUGAUGGGGACAAGGGACCUCGAGGAAAACCAGGAGAUAUGGGGCCCGCUGGCCCUCAAGGACCCCCAGGAAAGGAUGGGCCUCCGGGAAUGAAGGGAGAGACCGGACCCCCAGGGAGCCCCGGGGAGAAAGGGGAGACAGGACAAGCAGGCCCCCAGGGUCUAGACGGCCCAACUGGGGAGAAAGGAGAACCAGGUGACGAAGGGAGGCCCGGAGCGACAGGAUUACCUGGGCCCAUCGGGCUCCCAGGAUUCACAGGAGAGAAAGGAGAAGCUGGGGAGAAAGGUGACCCAGGAGCAGAGGUUCCUGGGCCACCAGGGCCAGAGGGUCCUCCAGGGCCUCCGGGCCUCCAAGGUGUUCCUGGACCAAAGGGAGAAGCAGGCCUAGAUGGCUCCAAAGGCGAGAAGGGUUCCCAGGGAGAAAAAGGAGACCGGGGGCCUCUGGGAUUGCCUGGAGCUUCAGGUUUGGACGGCAGGCCUGGGCCACCGGGUACUCCAGGACCAAUUGGGGUUCCAGGCCCAGCUGGACCAAAAGGCGAGAGGGGCAGCAAAGGAGACCCAGGGAUGACAGGACCAACGGGAGCAGCAGGGCUUCCUGGUUUACACGGACCACCCGGGGACAAAGGAAACCGGGGUUUCGGGUUGGGAACAAAGGCGGCAAAGGCGCGGAGGACGAGCGGAGCUCCACAGAUGCCACCAAGCUUGUCUGUGCCUUGGCAGUCCUGCCUGCCGAGGGGGGCCUCAGAACCACAGCUGCAAGCCAUUCUGCUAAAUCCCUUGCCUUUGAGUCCCUCUCCUUUGAAGGUCGAGAACAAUGGAUUGGAUGGAAGGAGGGGACCAGAAGGGUUUGGGGAGAAGGUCUCAGGCUCUGGCCCUAGUGUGCUUUGCAAACCCACACAAGAUUUGCGUCCUUUGUGUCAUGGCCGCCUCUGUGGCCUGCAGCUCUGGCUCUCUGAGACCUCGCUCGGUCAGGAUGCAAGACCCCACAGUCAGUCUCCUAAGGGCCACUGAGAGUCCGUGCUGAAUGGAACAGGGCCAGAUAAAGGGCUUUUCAUGCACUGCCCAGCAGCCCAGAUAAGACUUGGAAAGCUGCAGAACAAAAUGGGUAGACAGCCCCAAGCGGCCUUCUCAAUAAGCCAACAAUUAAUUGGUGCAUUGGCCUGGCUUCUAACGUGAACUUUCAAAGCUCUGGAAGGUUCUGAAAGCCAUGCUACACUCUAUGACUGUGUCAGGUUGGGGUCUCAGUGCAGACAAGACUGGCUUUGUUCCAUGACUGCACUUCCCCUUAUUUGUAAGUGUCUGCGUGUAUCAGGUUCUGCAUCCUGGCCAGGCUAGGACUGGGCCUUUCCGCUCCCCAGCUGGAGACGGCUGACUUCGACCUCAGUAAUCAUCAUGAUUGGUUU